UCCAUCAUAGAAACACAAGCAAAAGAAAUGAAGAUAUUAUUUUCAUUGACUUUAGCAGCUUUUGCAGCUGUAGCAGCCACCAAUGUUGAGGAAAAAGCAGCGGCUAGAUCGCCAAAACUAUUUUUCGUAAGUUCCACCACUUCUACUACAGUAGGCACCACAAUAUCAACUCUAGCAACUGCACUCACUUGCUUUCAAUUGAUCUCAAACGCUGUUCCAGCUGGAGUGUGCACAGGCCGACGCAAGAGAGCUUCAAGUCUUGUUGAGGCUGGUCCACUUGAAAUUGAUCUGGAAUUACCAAUCCGUGUAUCAAAAGCAUCCAGGAACUUUGACAGCUUGCCUGUAGAGUCUAGCAAGGCUGAAACUGGUGUAAGAGAGGCUAAGUUUGCUUGGUAUUAUAUGACAACAACUUUAACCACCACUUCAUUCUCUACGUCAACAUCCACCACAUAUUCAUCGACUGUGAGCAUAUGGUUAAGUACCUGUACUCCUGCCAGCUUUAAUGGUUGUGGUUAACUUCUCUCUUACAGUAAAAAGUAAUUACUAUAACCUAAAA